ACAGUUUUCAUUUCUCUCAUAAUCCCUCCAACAAUUUAACUUCCAAAGCCAAUGGUGAAAAUGGCAGUUUCUAACGACCGAGAUCUCCAAGCCACCGAGCUCCGUCUCGGCCUCCCUGGCUCCAACGAACCCGAUCGCUGCAGCGGGUUAAAGCCGAACAAGAGACCCUUUUCAGAGAUUGAUAAGGAAAGUAACAGCAGCAUUUCGGAUGCCGGGAAUUGCCUCGAUCAAAGCUCCCAAUCUCCUCCCUCCAAGGCACAAGUUGUUGGAUGGCCACCGGUUCGAUCGAACCGGAGGAAUUGUUUGGCCGGAAAGAAAAACGAGGUAGAAAGUUGCGGUGGAGUGUACGUGAAAGUGAGCAUGGACGGAGCUCCAUACUUGAGGAAGCUUGAUCUAACCAUUUACAAAAGCUACACCGAGCUCGUGAAGGCCUUGGAAAACAUGUUCAAGUUCAAUCUCGGUGGUUACUCGGAGAAAGAAGGUUUCAAUGGAUCAGAUUACGCCGCAACUUACGAAGACAAAGAUGGCGACUGGAUGCUUGUGGGCGAUGUUCCAUGGGAAAUGUUCAUCUCGUCUUGCAAAAGGCUGAGGAUCAUGAAAGGAACAGAAGCAAGAGGGUUAUCAGAGAACCGCCAUUGAAGCAAGCUUUUCAUGACAGCAACUGAUGGCUAACACGAGAAAGAAAGGAUACAUAAAAAAUAAUAAAAAAAAAAAAAUAGUUUUUUUAGAUCUUUAUUGUUUGUAAAAGAAUAAUUCAGAUCCAAACUGUAUAGAGGGUCAUCCAUCCCCAUAUACAUUAUCGACAAUAUUAUUAUACGAGCAAUAUUUGGAUACAUAUUAAAUUAUACCAACAAUAUUUGGAGCAAAAAAA